UUGCGAAAAAUACAUAAUGAGAAAAGCUAGUAAAGGCGUUAUUGUUUGUUUAAUCGUUUUAUUAACUUCAUCACUGUCAAUGUCAACUAAUUGAAUAUGAUUCUUAUAAGUGUAAUUAAUUUAGUGUCUCUUAGGUAAAAGCAAAUAUGAUACAUUCACCAUCAGGUAAUAUGGACUCUCGAGAGCUGUCCAGUUUUCUGGUCACAAAACACUCAUGGAGAGGAAACUACAAACGGAUAUUAACAAUUGGUACUCAAGGUAUCACUACAUAUAAUCCAAACAGUAUGGAGGCUACUAAUGUUUGGUCUUUCUGUGAUAUUAUCAACGUCAGUCCAAUCAACGAGAAACUUCAAUAUCAAGAUGCAACUCUUAACAUUGGAGGCAAUGAAAUGUUUAAUUUAAUCAUAAUAACCAAGAAACGAAAAACAGAUACAAUGAAAUUUUCCUCUGAAUACAGAAGUGACAUUAUCUGUUCUGCUUUAGCUCAUAGAGCUAAAUUUUCUGAAAUGACACCAAGAAUCGCCAUCCAUCGAUACGAUUGUUUCAAAUAUUCCUGGUCAGAAAAACUAAUACCAGUUACAAUUGAAAUUGAUUUGCAUGGAAUCAAUCAGAUAAACCCUACUACUGGUCGUUUACUUACUUCCUAUUUUUACCGUGAUAUUGAUGAUUUAAUUUUAUUGAAUCAAAAUAUUGACAAUAAUCCCGCUUUUGCCAUUUCAACCGGUGGCUUUUCCAGAUUGCAUCUGUUUACCUGUACACCGGGCUCUCGAGAUGAUCUUCUUAAAAAGAUCUGUGAAGUAUCUUGGCUUCAUACUGGUUCUCUUAUUCGUAUAAAAAAAGAUCCAAUUUCCCUAGAUCAUUUCUUGUUAAACCGUUUUGGCAAACAUUCCACAGACGAUGCUAUCACCUCACUUUAUGAAUUUACAGUUCAUAAGGUAACCGCCCGAAAUGCUCGUGAUCCUGUUCGUAGAAUAUUGGCCCUGACUGAUUCUUGUUUAAUUGAAAGAGAUCCUAACUCUUACAGUAUUGUUACAUUAAAGCCGCUUCAUGAAAUAUUUGCUCUUGUGCGAAAUCCAACUAACCCUCAACUAUUUUUGGUUGAAUUUAUUCGUGGACAAGUUGCGGGUUACACCUCAACUGACCGAGAUGCAUUAUUAGCUUCUCUAUUAGACGGAGUCAGAGCAUCUGGUAAUAUUGAUAUCCAUGUAAAGAUGACACCCACUUGCCGAGGACAUCGUAUUGGUCCUUAUUCAGUGCCUGUUGAUGAAGAAACGGAGAGUAGACAUUUGAAAUUUCUUCAUACUCUACCAAAUGGCUGGACUUUUAAUGAUGCUGUUAUCAGAUUCAACAGCAAUUGUUCUUAUAGUGGCUUAUUGCAUAGUGUCACUCAAGACGGACUUUUCUCUGAAAAUAAAGAGAAAUUGAUUCAACUAGCUUUGGGAGCUUUUGUUGAGAAAGAAGCUGAACAAAGAGAAGUUAACCAUGAAAAUUUAGAGCAACAUUUUCAAGCUCUCCGUCGAUUAGUUGCCUCAAAGGCUGGAUUUGCAGCUUUCACUUUAAGUCCUAGAUUUCGAGAGUAUCUUGGUGUUAAAGUUGUUAAUGCUUUAGACAGGAAGAAUGAUGCAGUGACUCAUGCAGCUAUUGACAUACUUUGUGCUCUUAUGCAGCCUAUGCACGAUGAUUACGAUCUAAGGCAAGAGCAACUCAACAAGAGUUCUCUUCUUUCAUCGAAAAAAUUUCUUGAAGAUAUUCUGAAUGUGUUAAAAUAUCAUGUUAACUGUGGAACUGGAGCUUUGGUUGUUGCAUCAAUGUUGGACUUUUUAACUUUUGCCUUGUGUGCACCUUAUAGUGAAACAACCGAUGGAGGUCAUUUUGAUACUCUUUUAACCAUGGUUGCAUCCUAUGGUCGACCAUUAUUUAAAUUAUUUCAACACCCAUCAUUAGCUAUUGUCAAAGGGGCCGGUUUAGUAAUGAAAGCCAUCAUAGAGGAAGGUGAUGCAAAGAUAGCACAUCAAAUGCAAGAAUUGGCCUUAGCUGAAGGUUCGCUUCCGAGACAUUUACAUAUCGCCCUUUUCCCACCUUCCAAUGAUUCUCGAUAUCUUGCGUUUCAACAACUUUCUCGUCAUUUGGUUGCCUUGUGGAUUGUUGAUAAUGAAACUGCAAUGGCUUUGUUGCGUCGAAUUUUUCCCCUUGGUUUAUUAAAUUAUCUUGAAAGUACAAGUAAACCACCAAAAAGCGCCUUGUCAAAACUCAAUGAAAGAAAUAACUUGAAAAUGGCUCAAGACAGUGCACUGAAAUCUCGUACCGCGUUGGACCAAAUUCGUGAUAUCCAUCCAUCUGUCAGAGUUAUUGAAAGGCAAGUUGAAACAGCUUUGAAACAUUGGAGAGAACGGAUUGGAAUUCCAAAAAGAACAGAUAAUCGACCUCAAAUAAAACCAAUUUUAUUGAGAAAAAGAAGAGAGCGAAUCAAAAGUACUGCCAAUUGGCCUAUGUUUUAUUAUCAAUUUGAAAAUGAUCACGCCAAGCCUGAUCUUAUUUGGAAUUAUAAAACACGAGAAGAACUACGUGAAUCAUUGGAAAAUGAAAAUCGAGCUUUUAAUCAAAAUAAAGAACUUAUUUCAAACACAAUUGCUAUCUCAUGGAAUCAUCGUGAAUAUGAAGUUCCAUAUCAUUCAUUGGGUGAUGAAAUACGAAUUAAUGAUUAUUAUUUACGUUUACUCUUGGAGGAAGGAGAGAGAGGUCAAUCACUUAUGUUAAGUGAUAAAUUGCUUAUUAAAAAACCCUACGAAUUUUUCAACGAUUUGUAUCAUCGCUUUCUUCUACCAACUAAAGCCUCAAUGAAAAUUUGCUGCUUACAAGCAAUGUCAAUUGUUUAUGAUGCGUAUCAUGCCGAUAUUGGUACAUUUAAUGAUGUUAAAUGGAUUAUUGCUAUGUUAAAAAAUUCAGUUGAUCGUGUUGAACGUGACCGUCUCCUAAUAUUCAUAUCAAAGUUGGUCCUUAAUCAAGAAAAUGUCAAACAUUUAAUUGAUGCUGGUGGUAUUAAAGUUCUCGUUGAUCUACUUACAUUGGCUCAUCUUCAUGUGAGCAGAGCAAUAGUCAAUGCUCAAACAAAUUUGAUUGAAGGAACUGCUGAUCAGAUGUCUUCGCAUGAAUCCUGGCAGGAGUGGUAUUAUAUGGAGGAUAAAGAUAAAAAAGGACCCUUCAGUUUCAAAGAGAUGAAAGAGAUGGCUGCUUCUAAUUUAAUUAAUGAAUCAACAAAGUGUUAUGCUUCUGGUGUAGACGGCUGGAACCGAUUAGGUGAUAUACCACAAUUAAAAUGGUAUCUUCUCUAUAAAACUCCCGGUAUCAUGAAUGAAACUGAGUUAGCAACUCUCAUUUUAGAAAUAUUCAUUCAUAUAUGUGAAUAUUAUCCAAGUCGAGAUUCUGAUGGUGCAAUCAUCCGACCCUUGCCUCGAAUUAAACGUUUCCUGUCUGAAGACAAUUGUUUACGUCACAUUGUUCAGCUUCUUUUAACCUUUGACUCUGUCCUGGUUGCAAGAGUGGCUACCCUUUUGACCCAUGUUAUGCAGGACAAUCCAUCAAUGUCCCGUCUAUACCAAACUGGUCUCUUUUAUUUCAUUUUAAUGUACACUGGAUCUAAUCUUUUACCAAUUGGCCGAUUGCUCCAUAUAAGUCACUCUAAUCAAGCAUUCAGAUCUGAUGAUCCAGGCCGUAAAAGCAAUAUUGUCCAACGAAGUAUUCUUGGCUCAUUACUACCGGAAGCAAUGAUCUGUUAUCUUGAAAACUAUGGGCCUGAAAGGUUUGCCCAAAUUUUCUUGGGUGAAUUUGAUACACCUGAAGCUAUCUGGAACGGUGAAAUGAGGCGACUUAUGAUUGAAAAAAUUGCUACUCAUAUUGCCGACUUUACUCCACGUCUGCGAUCAAAUACCCGUGCUUUGUACCAAUACUGUCCCAUUCCUCCAAUUCAAUAUCCUCAACUGGAAAAUGAAUUAUUCUGCAAUAUUUAUUACCUUAAAAAUCUCUGUGAUGCUCAUAGAUUUCCCAACUGGCCAAUCAAAAAUCCUGUUGAUCUACUGAAAGACAUUCUUGAAGCGUGGAAAGAAGAAGUUGAAAAGAAGCCCAAUUCUAUGUCGGCUGACGAUGCUUAUGAUGUCCUUGAAUUGACUCAUGAACAGCGUGAAGCUGGUCUGGACGAAAAUGUUAUCCGUAGAGCGUACUUUAGAUUGGCUCAAAAAUACCAUCCAGACAAGAAUCCAGAGGGUCGCGACAAGUUUGAAGAGAUUAACAAAGCAUAUGAAUUUUUGGUUAGUAAAAACUUGCGUAACCGAUGUGUCGAAGGUCCUGAUCCAGUUAAUAUAACCCUUAUCUUACGAGCUCAAAGUAUUUUGUUUAAUCAAUGUUCCGAUGAACUUCACCCAUAUAAGUAUUCUGGUUAUCCAAUGCUCGUCAAAACUUUGCGAAUGGAAACAGAAGAUGAACAAUUAUUUUCUAAACCUCAUCCCUUAUUACCUCAUGCCUGUGAAACUGCAUUCCAUACAGUUAAAUGUUCAGCGCUCAAUGCUGAAGAACUUCGUCGUGAAGGUGGAUUAGAAAUACUCAAAGAAGCCUUUUCCCGGUGUGUUUCAGUUUUAUCACAAUCAUCGGUACCAAAUGAUGUUGCUGUGCAAGUUAGCAUUCAUAUUGUUCGAUGUUUCACUGUAGCAGCUUCUUUCCCUGCCUGUCGCACUCGAAUUGUCGAGCUUUCCUCAAUUUCAAAAGAUAUUGGCCGAAUUUUGUAUUACAAUCGCCUCACCAGACUAUGUUUGUGUGCUGUUGAGUGUAUUUCAGCAUUUGCUGCUGACGAAGUGCUUCAACAGCAACUCUUUGACUCUGGUGUACUUUUCAGUCUUCUCUUGUUUCUCUUUAAAUAUGAUUACACCUUGGAAGAGGGUGGUGUUGAAGCAGAUGAAGAAACUAAUCAACAACAAGUGGCCAAUCAAUUGGCUAAAAUGUCCAUCAUUGCCUGUGCCAGAUUAGCUGGUGAUUUAACAGACGAAGAGAUUGCUGCCGGAUCUAGAUCUAAUCCAACAAUUGGUAAUUGUCUUCAAGCUUUAUUAACACCUUAUCUUUCCCGUCAAUUGGGAAUCUCAAAUGUUGCCCAACUGUUGAAAACAUUAAACAGUAACAUUGAAAAUCCAUACUUGAUUUGGGACAAUGCAACCAGAGCUGAAUUAAUUGAUUACCUGGAAACACAACAGCGUGAAAUUAUACGAAGUGGUCGGUGUCCAGAUGAAACUUGGGGUGCCAGUUUUACCUUUUCUAGUCACAAGGAUGAGCUGAUUGUUGGUGAAAUAUUUGUUAGAGUUUUCAAUGAGAUGCCUUCCUUCCCAUUAACCAAUGCCAAAGAAUUUACUGUUAGUUUACUGGACCAUGUUGGAUCUCAGGCGCAAUAUUUACAUUCUGCCUUAGCUACUCAAACCCAAUUAAAUCCUGAGCGUAUAAAAAAUGUUGAAAUGUGUCUACAGGCUUUGUUUAAUGUAAUCAAAAAUAAUGCCGGAGUCGAGACCAAGUGUAUUGGACACUUUAAGCUGCUUUUUAGUCUUCUUCGAGCUGACCAAUGGCCACAAAUUCAGUUAAUUGUUGUCAAUGUGAUUGCCUGUGUCAGUGGUAAUCAAGAAUGUGUCAAUGACAUUGCUUCUUCUGAAGUUUUAGUUUACCUUUUAUUGGUUUUACAUGCAGCUCCUUCAGCUGAUGCUGUCACUCGACAAACAACCGUUUUAGAAACUAUGUUACCUUUAAUGACCAACAGUAAAUUGGUCAGAGAGUCAAUGGUUAAAGGAGGUGUUCUCUAUCUGUUGGAUAUUUUCUGUAAUUCAAGUGAUCAUAAGAUUCGUGAGAAAAGUGCUGAGCUUUUAGCUAAAAUGACCAUCGAUAAGUUGAAUGGACCAAAAAUACGUUUAAUUUUGUGCAAAUUUUUACCAGUUUCAUUUAUUGAAUCAAUGAAAGAGUCACCUCAAGAAGCGGUCAACCUGUUUGACCGAAAUCAGGAAAACCCUGAACUCAUAUGGGCUGAUGAAGCUCGGACCAAGGUAUCAUCAACCAUUCGUACAAUGUCUCAAAGUUUAUAUUCCAGUCAAUUAGAGAAUCCAGCCACUAAUUGGAAGCUUGAUGAUGAUUUUGAAAUUAAAAUACCCAUAGCUGCCGAUGAAAUGGUUGUUGCUGGCGUUUUCUUGCGGCUCUUUGUUCUUAAUCCCUCCUGGACUCCUCAACGUCUCAAACAAUUUUUAACCGAACUUAUGGACACUGUACAAUCUCUUAUGUCAAAGUCACAGAUUGAUGAAACGAAACUUGAACUUUCAACAAAAGCUCUUGUAAGCCUUUUGCAGGCUAGACCUCCACUUCUGGACAUGAUUCCACCAAUGGGUUAUAUUAAAGGAUUGAUUGAUCAACUUUCCAACAGCAAACACUCGUUGGUUCCACAUUCAGCUUUAUCUGUUCUUCACCAGUUAUCUUAUAAUAAACCUUGUGUUGAGUCAAUGAUUCAAUAUGAUUAUAUACUCUCCCAAAUGAUUAAAGCUAUAUCCAGUGAUACAACCUUAGCAGCCUUAGGAUGCCAAACAUUGAAUAACAUGUUCGUUGCCGAUGCUAAUGAUAAAUUGGUUCCUAUUGCUCUUCAAGUUAAACUGAUUGACUUCUUAUUGAAACUGCUCGACUCAGGCCAAUCCACAUACGAUUCAAGCACGAAAGCAAUCAUAGUUCAACUAUUAAAAUCAAUGCUUCAAAGUCAGGCUUAUGGAGAGCAAGUCGGUAACAUUUUGGACAAAAAUCCUGUUUGGUCCGAGUUCCGUGAUCAAAAGCAUGACCUGUUCAUAACCAAUUCUCACAUUUCUGGUUAUUUAACUGGUAAUACCAAUGUCGCAGGAUAUUUAACACAAGGUGGUUCACUUCACAUGGCAUCAUCAAAUUUCAAUUAAAACCUUCUCCAAAGGCAAACAAUUCUGAGACUAUAAGAUAAUAAACUAAGCAAUUUAAUUCUUCAUCUUUUUCGAAAUAUUAUUAAAAUCAAUUGAAUUCGAUCAACAAUGUUGGAAAGCCGAUUAAAAUGUUAAAAUAAAAAGUUAAAUUUUGGAGACAAACAAAA